CGGGACGGGCGGACCCAGCUAGCCGCGAUUUCUGCCGCCCGGCGCUCGCAGGCUGCAGGCCGCGUCCAGGCUGAGCCCCCGCUGUCGCGCACCCCGCCCGAGCGCUUCCUUCCAGCAUGCUGUGGAGGGGCAGCCAGGCGCUCCGGCGCUUCUCCACCGGCCCGGUUUAUUUAAAAAACAAGCUGAAGUUGGCCCUUAUUGGCCAGAGCCUCUUUGGACAGGAAGUCUACAGCCAGCUCUGCAAAGAGGGCCACCGAGUUGUAGGCGUGUUCACAGUGCCAGACAAGGAUGGAAAAGCUGACCCGCUGGCUCUAGCUGCAGAGAAAGACGGGACCCCUGUGUUCAAGUUCCCCAGAUGGAGAGUCAAGGGCAAGACCAUAAAGGAGGUGGCGGAGGCCUACGAAUCUGUGGGAGCUGAGCUAAACGUGCUUCCCUUCUGCACACAGUUUAUCCCCAUGGAUAUAAUUGACAGCCCAAAGCACGGCUCCAUCAUAUAUCACCCCUCGCUCCUUCCAAGUCACAGAGGAGCCUCUGCCAUCAACUGGACUCUCAUUAUGGGAGAUAAGAAAGCUGGGUUUUCUGUUUUCUGGGCUGAUGAUGGGUUAGACACGGGACCCAUCCUUCUUCAGAGGUCAUGUGACGUCGAACCCAGUGAUACAGUGGAUGCACUUUAUAAUCGGUUCCUUUUUCCUGAAGGAAUCAAGGCCAUGGUGGAAGCUGUCCAACUCAUAGCUGAUGGAAAAGCGCCUCGGAUUCCCCAGCCAGAAGAAGGAGCAACAUAUGAAGGUAUCCAGAAAAAGGAAAAUGCUGAGAUUUCUUGGGAUCAGUCGGCCGAAGUUUUACAUAACUGGAUCAGAGGUCAUGAUAAAGUCCCUGGAGCUUGGACAGAAAUAAAUGGACAGAUGGUCACGUUCUACGGCUCAUCAUUACUGAAGAACUCUGUGCCUCCUGGAGUGCCACUGGAAAUUAAAGGUGCCAAGAAGCCUGGUCUUGUUACCAAAAAUGGACUUGUUCUUUUUGGUAAUGAUGGAAAAGCACUGAUGGUGAGAAAUCUGCAGUUUGAAGAUGGAAGAAUGAUCCCUGCUUCUCAGUACUUUUCAGCCGGGGAGACAUCGGUGGUAGAACUUACAGCCGAGGAGGUGAAGGUGGCAGGGACCAUCAAGGUCAUCUGGGCUGGAAUUUUAAGCAAUGUUCCUGUUAUUGAAGACUCCACAGACUUCUUUAAAUCUGGAGCCAGCUCAAUGGAUGUUGUCCGGCUGGUUGAAGAGAUCAGACAGAAGUGUGGUGGGCUUCAGCUACAGAAUGAAGAUGUCUACAUGGCCACCAAGUUUGAAGACUUCAUCCAAAAAGUUGUGAGGAAACUGAGAGGAGAAGAUCAAGAAGCAGAGCUAGUCGUGGAUUAUGUUUCGAAGGAGGUCAAUGAAAUGACAGUGAAAAUGCCAUAUCAGUGUUUCAUAAAUGGACAGUUCACAGAUGCUGACGAUGGAAAGACCUAUGAAACUAUCAACCCAACAGAUGGAUCUACAAUAUGCAAAGUAUCCUAUGCUUCUUUGGUGGAUGUUGAUAAAGCAGUAGCUGCAGCAAAAGAUGCCUUUGAAAAAGGUGAAUGGGGAAGAAUGAAUGCAAGAGAAAGAGGAAGAUUGAUGUACAGACUUGCAGACCUACUGGAAGAGAACCAAGAAGAGUUGGCAACUAUUGAAGCCCUUGAUUCGGGUGCUGUCUACACCCUAGCUCUGAAGACUCAUAUUGGAAUGUCUGUGCAAACAUUCAGAUACUUUGCUGGCUGGUGUGACAAAAUUCAGGGUUCUACCAUUCCAAUCAACCAGGCCCGUCCAAAUCGCAAUCUGACCUUCACCAAGAAGGAGCCACUUGGUGUCUGCGCCAUUAUCAUCCCCUGGAAUUACCCGCUGAUGAUGCUAGCAUGGAAGAGUGCCGCGUGCUUGGCGGCAGGCAAUACCCUAGUCCUCAAGCCAGCACAGGUCACACCCUUGACUGCUUUGAAGUUUGCUGAGCUCUCUAUGAAAGCAGGCUUUCCGAAGGGGGUCAUCAACAUCAUUCCAGGCUCAGGUGGCCUAGCAGGGCAACGCCUUUCUGAACAUCCUGAUAUCCGCAAACUUGGUUUCACUGGGUCCACUGCUGUUGGCAAACAGAUCAUGAAGAGCUGUGCUGUGAGCAACUUGAAGAAAGUUUCCCUUGAACUUGGUGGCAAAUCCCCACUUAUAAUAUUCAAUGACUGUGAGCUUGACAAGGCCGUGAGAAUGGGCAUGGGGGCAGUAUUUUUCAACAAAGGAGAGAAUUGCAUUGCAGCUGGACGGUUGUUUGUAGAAGAAUCCAUCCACGAUGAGUUUGUGACAAGAGUGGUGGAAGAAAUUAAAAAGAUGAAAAUUGGUGAUCCACUUGACAGAUCUACCGAUCAUGGGCCCCAAAAUCAUCAGGCCCAUCUGGAAAAGCUUCUGCAAUACUGUGAAGCUGGAGUUAAAGAGGGGGCCACCUUGGUGUAUGGGGGAAGACAAGUGCACAGGCCAGGCUUUUUUAUGGAACCAACUGUUUUCACAGAUGUGGAAGACCACAUGUAUCUUGCCAAAGAGGAAUCAUUUGGUCCUAUUAUGAUCAUUUCUAAGUUCCAAAACGGGGACAUCGAUGGAGUGUUGCAGCGAGCAAAUAAUACAGAGUACGGUCUGGCCUCGGGGGUUUUUACAAGAGACAUAAGUAAAGCCAUGUAUGUGAGCGAAAAACUAGAAGCAGGAACUGUUUUUGUUAACACGUACAACAAGACGGAUGUGGCAGCCCCUUUCGGGGGAGUGAAACAAUCUGGCUUUGGGAAAGACUUAGGGGAGGAAGCUCUAAACGAGUACCUCAAAACCAAGACGGUGACGCUGGAAUACUAGGGCAGGGCCAUCAUCGGGAACCCUCGGCAGAUGACACCACUCCUGAUCCCUCAACACACUUCAGAAGCCUGGGUGUGCUGAGGGAAAAGGUACCAGCCACGAGCCAAAAAACGCACACAUGGACCAUAAAGAGGGUCAAGACCACAUGUCCAAGCAUUUACACCUGUGCCUGAAUAUUUUCUGAUACACCUUUUAUACCUUAAAAUGAUUUGUCUUUGUUAGGGUUUGACUAUGUUGUAUAUCCCACGUGUUUCUAAACCGCCAAGUGGCUUUUCCUCCCCACCAAGACUAAUCUAACCAUUGUUGUUCCUCUUGAAAAAUGUCCGUAUCAGCAGUUAUAAUACACAAGGUGCAUUUGGGGGAAACUUUGUAUCAUAUGUGCAGGUUUUAACCUCUGAACUAUCCCUAUGGCUGAGCAAAAUUUCUAUAAUUUUGCUCUCAAGGAACAGUAUAUCUUGUAAAGAAUGUGAAGCAAAUUCCCUUUUUUUUCAUAUUUGGAAAUAAGAUACAUCUUUGUGCCUUUUGAUGUUCUACUUUUCAACCCACUGUGAUGGACAACCAAUCCAAAACAGUGCUUGAGUACUUACUAGGUAUGGGGUACUAUGUAAUGUUCUGAGGAAUAGACAGAAUUUAAUGACAUCAUCUCUGGCCCCACAUAGCUUAAAUUCUAAUAAAUGGCUUUUAAAAAGUUAAUUCUACAGUAUGAUAUAGAGUGUAAAUAGCCUUUGGAGGCUGGUCUUGUUCUUAUCAUACCAUCUUGCCAUGUGACUUGGGGAAACUUCUCCCCAAGUUGAGCAACUUCUCCCAGCCUCGGUUUCCUUAUCUGUCAAAUGGGGAUAGUAAUGCCUUUCUCAGGAGCUUUAUUCUGAGGAUUCAAUGCAAUAAUAUAAGUACCUUGCAUUGUGCUAUGUUCAUGGUACUCAAGAAAAAAUUAACUUUGUUUCCCCAUCACUAUUUUAAAAAUAUAUUGUGAUAAACUAACUAGAUGACUUAAUUUCCCUACGAUCCUUUUCAGGAGUCAUUGAUUCCUAUACUCCGCUGUUCUGACACGGUGCUUGAGGCAGCGACACUGGAAAAUGCCAUAUAAUGAAAAAUGGCAAUGGUACUAGGAAAGGGAUUGCUUUUCUUUCCGCAGCUCAUUUGUUAUUCAUUGAACAUCUCGGUUUCCACUUUUCUACCUACCGGAUCUGCUGUAUGACCACUGGUUGGGUGAUCUUGGGCAAGUUAGUUACCUACUAUCUCAGAGCCUGGGUAUCUAUAAAAUGGGGAUAAAGUCCCUAUCUCAUUAGGUGUGGGAAGGAUUCAAUGGGAUGAUAUGCAUAAUGCACCUGACAAGCUGUUUGGACCAUAGUCUGCACCCAAGAAAUGGGAAUUCGUACAAUCCAUGCAGGACUCACAAAAUUGACUGUUGUCAGACCAAAAAUAGUUGAGUAAAUUAUUACCAUCCACAUGUUACGAGAAGGUGAGUUCCUGGAUUGCAGUGUUAUUGGAGGACGGUCUGAGCAAUGAACUUCUAUUACUCCUCUUCUAAAGGAAAAUUUCAGUAAGCACUCCUAUCUCUGACUCUGGAGAAGCCCUUAGGGAACACCGGGUACUUUGCAGACUCAGCAGCUUAUCAGAAAGGGAACCAAUUAACAAACAACAACCAAAUCAGAGGCAGAAAACAUCCAAAAGGAAGAAUACCAGGUGUAAUCCCAGCAUGAUCAAUAGAGCAUAUUUUGCCUGUAAGCAUUAGCUCAUUUAAUAUACAAUAGCUCAUUUACCAUCGGAGCUGGGUACAGAUGAAAUUCUAAAUUGGAAUGAAUAUUCUCUGAGUCCAAAUUGACGGUUCAUAUUUGAAUUAAAUGACAAAGGCCUUAUGAUAAAGGAACCACUUUUAAAUGCGUUUGAACUGAUUUCAUGUGAACUAAAAUAUCAUUUUACCAAAUAUUAUUUAAAAAGAUUUUAUUGGGCGCCUGGGUGGCUCAGUUGGUUGAGCGACUGCCUUCGGCUCAGGUCAUGAUCCUGGAGUCCCUGGAUCGAGUCCCUGGAUCGAGUCCCUGGAUCGAGUCCCGCAUCGGGCUCCCUGCUCGGCAGGGAGUCUGCUUCUCCCUCUGACCCUCCUCCCUCUCAUGCUCUCUGUCUCUCAUUCUGUCUCAAAUAAAUAAGUAAAAUCUUUAAAAAAAAAAAAGAUUUUAUUUAUUUAUUUGACAGAGAGAGAGAGAGAAAGCGCACAAGCAGGGGGAGGGGCAGAGGGAGAAGCAGGGUCCCUGCUGAGCUCGAUGCGGGGCUCGAUCCCAGGACCCUGGGAUCAUGACCUGAGCCGAAGGUAGACGCUUAACCAACUGAGGCAGCCAGGUGCCCCCAAAUAUUUUAAUGAUAGAUAAAAUGGCAAACAAAACCAUGUCUGUUUCUUCUGGACUCAUUUUACCCUCUACUACGUAUCUCCGUAGCAGUAUUUUUCAUCUUCUUUGGGCCACACUCCUCUCUGAGAAUCCGCUAAAAGCUGUGGAGCCCCUCUGUGCCAUUUCUACCCGAAUUCCCAUACACAUACCUAAUUCUGCAAGUAUCUUUAAGGGGUUCACAGAUCUCCUAAAGCCCAUGCUUGGAGAUUAACAACUCCUUCUUCCAUAGCAAGUUCUAAAGUUCCUACUGGCUUGAGUCUCUUAUCUGACUGCUGAUCAGAAUCCAAGGCUCCAUGGAAUUCACAAAAUGACCAGUGAAUUUUUUUUUUUUUAAAGAUUUUCUUUAUUUAUUUGACACAGAGAGAGACAGCGAGAGAGGGAACACAAGCAGGGGGAAUGGGAGAGGGAGAAGCAGGCUUCCCUCGGAGCAGGGAGCCCGAUGCGGGGCUCGAUCCCAGGACCCUUAGAACAUGACCUGAGCCGAAGGCAGAUGCUCAAUGACUGAGCCACCCAGGCGCCCCAUGACCAGUGAAUUUGAAUUGGAACAUAAUGAUCCACAGCCUACCAGGUGAUUUAAUUAACACCGGGAAUAAUUAGAUUAUCACUAUUCUGGGUUCCUGGCUGGCUCAGGUGGUGGAGCAUGCAACUCUUGAUAUUGGGGUCCUGAGUUUGAGCCCCAUGUUGGGCGUAGAGAUUACUUAAGAUAAAAAAAAAAUUUUUUUUAAAGAUUAUCACUAUUCUUUCAGAUCACAGAUUAUUUGGCUAAAGAAUAAAGCUGUGAUCUCAUUGUCACCUGCAUGGGGAGGUGUGGACACUCCAAAUGGUUCUAUGGCCCUUCUCAUCCUCUUCCUCUUGCCUUUGCUAAAGCAGUCACCUUUUGCUCAAACACACUUUGUGGCUUCCUACCCCCAGCUCGGUUUGAGGGUCUCUCCUCUAUGCUCUCACUUGUCGGGAACACAGUGCUUACCACUUGGUGCUGAAAUUAUCUGCCUUCCUGGCCAGAUACGAGCACCCCUUCUCCACCCCCAGGAUUGGCCUUUUUUCAGUCAAUAGUAACCACAGCUAUCAUGUAUUGAGGGCCUCCUGUGUGCUGAACACUCUAAAGUAAGAACUUUGUAAAUGCUAUCUUGUUUAAUCUUAACAACGUCUGAGAAAAAUGAGUAAGUUGAGGGGCUCUUCUAAAUCUUUUUUUUUUUUUUUUAAGAUUUUAUUUAUUUGACAGAGAGAGAGAGAGCACAAGUAGGCAGAACAGCAGGGAGAGGGAGAGGGAGAGGAAGAAGCAAGCUCUCCACUGAGCAGGGAGCCUGACGUGGGGCUCGAUCCCAGAACCCUGGGAUCAUGACCUGAGCCGAAGGCAGCCGCUUAACCAACUGAGCCACCCAGGCGCCCCAAGGGGGGCUCUUCUUACUAGCUCCCCGACUACCGAGCCAGCCUCAUCACUGAUCCCGGUUAUGCACAGGUCUCCCAGCCUGUCUUCCUGAUUCUGCCAUGUGUGGAUCUGUUCAAAGUUUAUGUCAGAUGCUGUCACUCCUCUGGCUCAAACCUUCCAAUGGCUCCCAAUUCGAUUAGAAUAAAGUCUAGUGUACUUACUGGGGUCUACAAAGUCCUAUCGAUCUUGCUUCCUGGCUACCUCUGACUUCAUCUCCUAUGAAUUUCCCUCUUGUUCUGCCUAGCCACCCCGGCUGCCUUGAUGCUUCUCAAACAGACGAGCAAACUGUUACCUCAGGGCCUUUGCACUUACUGUUCCUCUUCCCAGUGGCGUGCUGGUAAAUAUUUACCAAAUGGUUCUCUGGGGGAAAUGAUUCUUGGAGCAAUUGCUAACUUCUGUGUACAAAUGCUCUCACGAGGGCUGACUGCAAACUAGAGAGCUGCGUGCAAUCAGAACACGUGCAAGUCAGUGCCAGCACACCUUUGCCUCUGCCUGCACCUCUUUCCCUAUGUACCACCUCCUCGCUGGCUGCCUCACUUCCUUCAUGUCUCACCUCCAAUCUCAUCUCAGUAGAGACGGAUUUUCUAAGUCCCCGCAUUCAUACCUCAUCUGCCCUGUCACUAUUUAUUCUUCUUAUCCUGCAUUAUUUUCAUAGCAUUUAUCACAAGCUGGCAUAUUUAUUUAUUGUCAGUCUCUCUCCAUCAGAAUGUAAACUUCAUGGACAGGUGCUUCUUUGUUCAAUGCUGCAUCUGCAAAGCCUAGUACGUACAAGGAGCUCAAUAUUUGCUUUCGAAUGAAAGCGGUUAAGUAACCUGCCCAAAUCACACAGCUGUUAAGUGGCAGAAGAGGCACCCUUGGUAGAGAAGCUGGUGGUCUCAACCAAGCUGGAUGGCUUGUACUGCCGAUGCCUAAAUCAGGGCCCGGGUGGUGAACAGAACACACCGCGCAUCUGUCAUUGUCUCCAAGAGCUGUCGUGCCAAGUGGCUAGAGACAGGCUGAGAAGCCAAACUGGUUCCCCCAUACCUGCCCUCCAGGAAAGUAAGAGCUGUAGAGGGGAACCUGGGCUGGAGGAGAUUCUCAGAAAGGAGACAUGGUGGAUGGGGUGAUUAUCAUCACUGCAAAUGAUACCCAAGUGGAUUUUUAAAAUCAUUCAGUAAUACCUAAUUAUGUAAAAAUACAUAAAAUCGGAAGGUAAGAUUCAGCUAUAAACUCUCCACGCGGAAAUAACCACAGACAUUUGAGAUUGUUCCAAACUUUCCCUAUGAAUAUAUAUUUUACAGAAUUACUAGAAUACUGUACGUAACUUUUGUUACCCGCUUUUUGCAGUUAACAAUAUACAAGCAUCCUUCUGUGUCAAUAAACAUACUUCUUCAUACGUUCA